GCGCGCGAUCGUAAACACGGGCUUUUAUACUCGGCUGCGCUCGCUGAUCCUCACCGUUACAUUACAUUACCUGGAACUCGGCGCCCGCGAGGACGUCCUGCAAAGGCUGCCGAGACAACAAACAUUGCCGAAAAUUACGUUACGACAAUACUAUCAACUCGCGCUGCUGUGGAAUUCGGCUGAUGAGUCCCGGAGUAGGCUGAUGCUCCAGGAGGCGACACGACUCCAGAGCUCGACGGGGCAUGAGGCGGUCCUGGCCGAACAUCAACAGGCGAAGAUGAAGUGGUGAUAUCCAGCCCGAGAAGGAGCGAAAGAAGUCGAGAGAGCUGAGAGAGAUAGAGACGAGGAAGAGCGAAGAGCCGUCGAGUGCGUGUGGCUAAUCAGUCGCGGGGAUGAAGAUGGAAGCUCUGACCUGCAGGACGAUGCAGGAGACGAGCGGCGCCGAGCACGAGAGGCUUCUCCCCGAGCCCGACGCCUACGUCAAGUGCUUCUACGACCUCUUCAAGAACAUCGCCGAGGCGCAGAGGUUGAAAGGAGAAUGGAAAAAGUGCAGAAAAAAUAAAACCAAGAAAAAAGAUAAGAAAAAAGUUGAUCUAACUGGAGAAGUGACUUGUGCGGUUCCACCUGAAAUCGAAGUAUCCAGUAAUGCCUCUGCGUUCGCAGUAUUUGCGAGUGUCAGAGGUGCUGUCUUGGAAAAGCAUGCAAGAAGUAUUAACGAAGCGUACAGAGCAUCGAAUUGCAGCUCACCUCCACCACCAGAAUUCAGUGACAGCAUUAUUUGGGAAAGUGAUGAUGAAGAUCGUAUAUCGCCGACCCAAAAUUUACCAAAGAUCGUUGGGAUAGGUUUGAGAAGUGUAUUCACCUUGAUGCGGGAGAGUAGAACAGUAGAACCAUGUUUGUGUACUAAAGCACUUGGUGCACUUCUGGAUGUGCUGCAAGGACAACUGCCUGAGGGUUUGAAAAGUGAACCUGAUGAAGUGAUCGAUCCGCUGUUCGACCUACUCCUGGAUCUUGCAACAUCACAUGGGCCUGAAUCUGCAGCAGCAAACGAUGGAAGCCACUUGACUGCAGUAGCUUGUGCCUGUCUUCUUAGUUUAGUUGUUGUCCGUGGAGAUACUGGGAGACUUUUAGCAACAAUAGCAGCAUUGUUAAUGAGUCCUAGAGCUCUAGCUGUGCAGAAUAUUCAGAUGCCAAUUGUUCUCAACUCUCUUCAAAGAAGCGUGCACGCAAUUUUGCUUGGUAAACUGGUCAGGCCAGACUGGAUAACUCAUGGUGUUCCUAAGACUGCUAAGAUAUACACUUCUACGCUUAAAUUACCAAAUGAUAUAAACAAUUUAGUUUUGAAUGGUCGAAGCUUUGUCAGUGAUGGGAAAUACUUGUACCUGCACACGAAUAGUGGAUUGUUUAAAAUUGGAAAUGGGCAUGGAGGUACAAUAUGGGGCCACGUUUAUGCUCAUAAACCAGACUUUUAUCCCUCAGAGACUGGAUGGAUUGGAUAUGCAAAUAGUUCCUUAUAUUUUAAAUGUGCUCCUAAAAAACAGUGUGAGUUAAUGAUAUUAGACGCAGACACAUUAACAAUAAGAGGAAUCGCUGUUUUAGAAGGAAAGGAUUGGUCUUCUUCACUUAUGUUUUCUGAUGGUGAGAAUUUGGGAAUGAUAACAGCAGGAAAAGACGAUGGCUUUGUGGUACGAACAAUAAAUACUCUAAGCAAUCCAGUCACCGUAACUUCCGAACUACCAUUAAAAUUGGCCCGAAAAUGCGUUGACGUGUACGGUUAUGCUUCGUUUGACGAAGAUCAAGCAACAUACAUUUUGAAUCCUCGUUGUGACGACGAGAUUGCGAACGUAGCUGCGGGUAAAGAAUUCAUGCUAUUGAAAACAGUAUCUGGCAAAUUAAUGUACACUGGCAAGGGGAUAUCUAUUGGCAUGAGAAACAACGUGAGGUCAAACAGGUGGUUGGAGGUUUCUGUCGGAAAGACGUGCAAAGUCCUGAAUUUUGCUGUGGGCCAUGAAGGUCAACAUGUAAUUCUAAUAUUAGAAGAUGGUUCCGUAUUAUUUGCGGGAACAGCUCGGCGUGGAGAAGACGGAGACAGCAAUAAAGUGCGGCAGCAACCAAAACCAAGCAAACCAAAGAAAAUGCAGAAAGUAGAGGGUCAAUUUAUAGUAAAUGCUGCGUGCAAUAACGGUUCCACUGCUUUAGUAACAAAGGAGGGUUCUUUGCUUAUGUUUGGCAAAGAUACGUUGUACAGCGACGAGACGACUGGAUUGGUUCCUGACUUGAAAGACGUUUGUGUUGUCAAUGUAGCUUUAGGAAAGGCACAUACUGCUGUAUUAACGAACAAAGGGCAGCUUUAUACGUUCGGAAUUAAUAACAGAGGACAGUGUGGUAGAGAUUUUUCAGCCACACAUGCUAUUAAUAAAGAAAUUAAUGUUACGGCAAUGGAAACUGGUAUAGCAGAAGAGGAUGCUAAUGGUACUGAAGAUGAUUCAAUUUCUAAAGAGGAGCAGAAACGUGUUCGAAAAAUAAAGCAGAUCCGGUGGAAAGAAAAAAAACUUGAAGAAGCUGCAGAGGUUGGUGAAGAAUGGGUAGAAGCAAAAGCUAUCAGGGUAGAUGGAAUGUGUCCACCAGGUCAGCAUCAGUGGAGGUACAGAGCUUGUAUGGUUUGCACUGUCUGUCGAGAGUGCACUGGCUACAGCAUAUCCUGUCUAAGUAGUAUAAGGCCAGAUAGGAAUCCUGGCCAGGAGUGUGGUUGUGGCGAAGGCGAUAGCGGUUGUGCUGAGUGCGGGUGCUGUCGAAUUUGUGCUCGAGAGAGUUGCGAUAACGGAGGUGAUAUGCCGAUUUUGCGACCACCAGCUGCUUGUGGCAGUUCUCAAGAAUCAGAAUUGGUCUUUAGAGAGUUUCUCAGGAAGCGUUUUGAGGAAAAGAAACAAAAGCAGUGGAAAGGACCAACAAAUAGAGGAGGGCUUCCUGCAAAUGCUCCGCAAAUCGUCGUAGUGCACAAAUCCUUGGCAGCAAAAGCAAUUGCGGGUGGCGCCGUUGCCGCCGUUUCUGGUGCUGGUGUAGCAGGCCUUGCCCCUGUAGAAGAAACUGUGGGUGGCGAUGGUAGCGACGUGGAACGCGGGGACACGACUCGCGUCGCCAGUAUCCCACCUGCUCGUGUCCUUUUUCCCAUCGACAGUCCAGUAGCGCAGGUCUCUUGUGGACUUCAUCACACAGUAGCUCUGUUACAAAGUGGCGACGUCUUCACUUUUGGUAGCAAUAUCUAUGGACAGUUGGGAGUUGGAAAUUUGAUAGCACAUGCGGGACCUGUGCAGGUCAAGAUUCCGGGUACAGCGAUUCAGGUGGCAGCUGGAAGCAAUCACACUGUGGUACUCACGUCGAAAGGAGAAGUUUAUACUUUUGGCGCUUAUCAAAAAGGUCAAUUGGGUAUGAAUUGGGGAAGUGAUCAACAACAGCAAAAUUCCACAGCAACAAACUCUUCUUCCUCGUCUCCGAGUAAUCGUGAUACUGACCGUUCACAGCCAUGGCACUGUUUUCCUAAUAUUGUUCCCAAUAUUGGUGCCCGCUGGGGUAGAAAAGCGACCUGGAUCGGUGCAUCGAGUGAUCAAACUUACGUCAAGGUUGACGAGAUUAACAGUAUCAGUUUAACACGAAGUACAGUGAUGGCCAAUAAAAAUUGCAUCUUACUAUUGCCUCAUCAAACUGAGCACCGAAAUUCUUUUAAGUGUCUUGUUAUAAAUAAGCACGAUGGAACGUGCAAUAGUUUCAGUGGUGCCGAUCAAGUCGAUUUCAAUCAGUGCGCUGCUUGUCUUGACCCACUCUACAACGUCAUAUGGUCAUUCAAUCCAACAAACAAUGAAAUCUCCUAUUAUAACGUAAUAUCCACAGAGUCUCGUACUAUGCAGAAUCUUGAGGUAUCCAUUCUAAGUCCUGGACUUGCGCUACCAGUUGUUCCAAGUUGUUACGUGACGAGGACACAAGCGGCUAUGCAUCUGCUCGCUUGUCUGGAUACGCUGACUCAAGCUCAGGAUGAGAAGUUUACUAUUGUGGAGGGCAGUGAAAACAACCAAUCUAUGCAUGGCAAAGUUUAUAGCAGAGAGGAUUUUGCGACUGUGUCGAGAUUCGAGAAUCACGGUGGUGGCUGGGGCUACUCUGGACAGUCUAUAGAAGCUAUUAGGUUUAUGGCCGAUACGGACAUUCUGUUAGGUGGUUACGGACUAUUCGGUGGUCGAGGCGAAUACACCGCCAAGAUUAAGCUUUUCGAUAUCGGUCUUGAGGGUGGUGAAGAAGAAACCGAUGGCGAACUCCUUGCUGAAACUGAUGAAAUACCUUACGAAUGUGAGCCACGUCAAAAGUAUUCGAUUCUUUUUAAUGAGCCUGUAGCUUUGCAAGCAAACCGUUGGUAUGUUGCCUGGGCUAAAGUGAGUGGACCCUCUAGCGAUUGUGGUUCAGGUGGUCAAGAAACUGUUACCGCCGAGGAUCAGGUUGUUUUUUAUUUCAAAACAUCAAAAGAGGCCAAUAACGGAACCGACGUCAAUGCCGGGCAGAUCCCGCAGUUGCUCUACAGGGUGAUUACGCCAGAAAAUCAAAAUUACAGUCGUAAGAGGGACCAAGUAGAACCUGUAUACAUUCUCAAGAGGGAGUUUAGCAGGACCGUUACAGAAGAAUGUUUUCAUUCGUUAAUAUCCUUGUUGCAAUGGAGUUGGAAUACGUUGAAAGCUAGUUUGGCCGAUACAAGUUUAAAUACUGCAACUUCUCCUUCGCAUAUUAUAGUGGAAAUGGAUAGGCUUGUCUAUAUUAGUAAAGCGAGUUUAAGACUGUUGAGGACUUAUACGAAUGAAAUUUAUCCGAAUCAGGCUAGCAAAAAGACGCCGUCGGAAUCUGUUAGACUAGCUGAGUGCAUUGGUGAAGUGCGGGCUCUUUUGAGACAAAUUUUGUCAGAUUCCGUCUCGACGACUCUAAAAACUAAAGGUAAAACAAGAUUCAACAAAAAUUCAACCGUUCUAAGCAAUAAAAUGACUGGUGCCAUAUUAGACGAAUGCUACAAGACAUUCGUUGCCUGCUAUCACGCUUUUUAUCCCACCGCUUAUCUUAAGUGGACCUCUUUGUGUGAGCUUUUAUCUGAGAUCGACAAGGAGCAAGGCAUUACUUCCAAGGAUCGAUUACUUUCCGCAGUUUUGGCUUCCCUUUGCAGUUCUUCUGUUCGUUUACGUUGUACCUUCCCAAUACUCAAUAACGUGAUGGACUGUAGUGAUAGUGUCAAAAGACAGUUAAGCCCUUCGGAUAACGCUGGACUGCCUAUGAUGAACUCAACAGAAGCUCAUCAUUACCCAAUUUUAGUGGAGCAAAUCAGCUACAAGUCGCAAGUCGAAAGCACUGGGAAAGAAAUUUUGAAUUGGUCUUUUCGCGAAGUUUUAGACAGACUUCUCGACUUGAUACUCAUACCAGUAAAGCGAAGUCUUUGCAGAGAAAAAAGUCAGUCGCUGCCGCAUUUGGUGCUGCAUUGUUGUUAUCUCCUCGCUCGAGUUAUAUCUGAGCUGGCGGCCUACUCGAAUGGCAAUGGGGAUGAGAUGCAAGCCGCUUGUUACAGACUUAUGUACACUACACCUUCGAGGUUUACCCGAGUAAACCAAACUAGAUCCUGGAAUACUGGUAAUGGCUCUCCUGAUGCUAUUUGUUUUUCUGUCGAUAGACCUGGAAUACUCAUAGCUGGUGUUGCAAUUUAUGGCGGAGUUGGCGUAUACUAUUACGAACUUGAGUUAUUGGAUGACCGUAACAAUACUGGAAAUGAUCCUUCGCAUACGCAGCACUGGAGCAGUCUAGAUUUUACAAGAGGUUCCUUCGGUCCAGACGAUUGCAUAAACGAUGUCGUCGAAUUGAAAUUUGAUAAGCCUAUUCCUAUCAAGGAAAAGGUUAAAUAUGCCAUAAGAUUGCGAAAUCGAGGCGGUAGGACUAGUAACGGAGAUGCGGGUUUGCGCGUCGUCAAAGGUCCGGAUGGAACAUCGUUUACUUUUUCUGCCUGUUCGUUAAGUUUUAAUGGUACUACUCAAGCGAGAGGUCAAAUUCCACAUAUUCUUUAUUACUCGAAUCCUCAAGAUUCCAAUGAGCAACAUACUAGUAAAGCCAUUGCCGAAGUACAAGCGAGAAAAUGCACUUUAGCUAUGACUGCUACUAUCAUUCAGCGUGCCAACGAUAUUUUAGCUCUCGCAAGAGAAAAGGCAGACGAUAUUGAUAUAAACGAAAUACUUGGUAAUGCCGCUUUUGUCACUACGCUUCUACCUCUAACUACUGCAUACAUCAUUCCACUGGCAACUUCGGAUCCUCGGAGCGGAGUCCAGGUGCUAACGCUUAUCCAAGAGAUGCUUCCUCACGUGACGGCGCUAAAUCUCACCUCGGCCAUGAAGUCGUCUCAAGUGUCGUUGCAACAACAGGACAACGACGCUACGACGCAACAAAUGGCUGUCGCACAUUACAUACCUCCGGUUACCACUACUAGUCAUUAUUGCACGUGGUUAGAGAGCGAUCACCCUUACAAGCCUGCCACGGUGUCCUAUUAUAGAGUGACAUUUCCGGAGACGGUCAAGUGGCUCACUUUGGAAUUUACCCCGGACUGCGGUACAGCCCAGCCGGAGGAUUAUUUACAAUUGUACAUUCCAAAUGUCGAUGGUAGCUUUGCUAAGUCUCCUGAAAGUUGCAAUCUGGAAGAAAGUCCAGUGUACUGGCCUGUGCUUCAUAAGCUCAGUAAUGUUCAGAGUCAAUGGCCUCAAAACGCUGUUGUGUUACCAGGUAACGAAGUGAUAUUUUCACUGGAAACGGCGUCAGAUUAUAUGAAAGACGAGCGAUCCAUUACUUACGGCUUCAAAUGCCUAGUCAUAGGCUACGACUGGAUCUCGACAAGCUCUGGACUGAAAAACCUUGAGAUCGAAUUAUCGUUUCUCGGUGGAGCUUGCGCAGCCAGUCUCAUGAAGAAAAAUCUUAGUUUACCACUUGUUUCCACCGAAGAAGCCGAAGAGGACUCGGAGCAGGCACAGGCGACAGCAAAGCGAAUUUUCUCGGUGCAUUCGACGCUUCUCGGGCGCGGUUUCGCCCUCGCAGCACCACCCACCGUUGGCCAGGCUCUCGACGGCGUUCUUCCAUUCAGUUGCCACUCGAACGAGCGCUUGUUCCUGAGGGACUUUGUGUCGUGCACGUCGGGCACCAGUGGCGGCAGGCUAGCACGAUGGCUCCAGCCGGACAGCUUCAUCGAUCCAAGCAAGUGCGAGAUCGUAUACGCGAGCGAGGAGAUGCGCUACGGGUGGCCGGCUGUUGUUACCCUCGUCACCAGGGACCAGUAUGGAGAAAUCGUCCACGUGCCUGGUUUGAAGAUCGAAGCGAAAGCAGUGCCUAUCGACAAACGCGACCUGUCGGAGCCCGAUCAGGGCAAGAAGAUCCGUCGCAUUUCGCAGCCUGAUCCGAUGACUUUUGGAGGCCAUCCUCAGCCAUCGUUGGACGCGCCUUACGAGGUCACUGUCCUGGACGAUCCAUACAAAGUCAGCUUCCACGCGAUCACCAUCAUGAAGGCCUACCGAAACUACUCGUUUGAGGAGCUGCGAUUCACUUCGUCGGCUUUAAAACGCUCGAGCGAGAGCAUGAUGGUUAUGCCCACCGGGGAUGGAACGUACAAGGCCACCUGGACGCCCUUCUCCGUCGGCUGGUACUCGAUACGGAUCAACAUCGAUGGAUACGAUAUGGAGGACAACUACAAAGUCGAAGUGAAACGGCCGCCUCAGGGCAUGGAACUGCCGGCGUUGAAUAUCGUAAAGAAACCCCAACAUUUGCCGAGUAGAGUGCGAAGGUUCGUGGCAAAAAACAGCGCUGGUCUCAGGAUUAGGGCACAUCCGUCUCUCCAAAGCAAACAGAUCGGCGUAGUACCGGUCGACAGCACAAUUGUUUACUGCGAUGAGAUUCACAACGACGAUGGAAUAUGGCUUCGACUGAAUGUAGAUACAAUAGCAAAAUACUGCAACAGUGGACAUUUGGAAGCCUGGUGUCUGCAGUACAAUCAACAUUUAGGAAAAACUUUAUUACUGCCAGUGGAGGAACCAAAAACUACGGCAUAUCGAAAUAGUAAAGAAACUUUGGAGCAUAAAAAAUCCGGACUGAGCGAAGAUAAAAGAAAAACAGUUACGUUAGAUAGCGGGAAAACUAUGGCGGUGAUUACUUGCGGUGCUUCCGGCCAUAACAUAAGGAACAGACCGAGUUUGAAAGCUGCAGUCGUCGGGAAGCUGGCCUUAGGAAAUACUGUUACCGUACAAGAAAAUUUCGUCAAUCGGUAUGGUACCUGGGUACGUAUUAGCAGUGAUUCAGCCAGUAAAUAUUGCUUUGAAAAUGACGGAGAAGCCUGGUCUCUUGCUAUUAAUAAGCAUGGAGUGGCCUACAUGAAAAUCACUCAGGAUACAGACGAAGACAUAGCUAACAAGAAGCAAGUUCUAGCCGAUUUAACCCCUACCAAUCAGUAUCAGACUCCAAAUCACAAGGGCUAUGACAAAUCACCAUCAAUGCCCUCGGGUAGCCAGGAGAACGACCAGCAUAAUGCUCAGCAGCAGGCUAGAUCUCUUCAGAACUGUAUUCCACCUGGUAGCGCCGGCUCCGGCGAAGGCCUCAAUAGUUCGUUCCUCUUCGGUACUUAUAGCACUGGUAUCAAACAGCAGCAGCACGAUUCGCUGGGAGGCAGUGACAAGGGUACUACAACGGCUACAGCAGCGAGCACCACUGAUAAGACAACCGAACCGUCGUCAAAGCUUCCAAAGAAUCACCUAAAAGAGCGACCGACAAAAGAGCGAGAACGUGAAGGAGGAGGAGGAGGUGGUGGAGGUGGAAAAUUCAGUGUUUUACAGAAGUGGCUCCGGGGCGAUGAUAAGGCUCAUGGUGAGAAGAGGAGCUCACCUGGAAGAGAUUUUUCGGAGUUCGUGGGUGUAUCCGUAAAAGAACUGGUGAAAGCUAUGGGUGAGAGCAGAGCAAACGGAAACGGCUCCACACCACCGGAGACACCACGGCGGAUGUCACGCAGCUCUUCACCGAAGAAUCCGCAAGCUGGAUCGCCCCGACUUGCUAGCAGAUCUUCCAGUCCAGUUCCUAUUCCAGCUGGCUCCAGUCGUCUGCCGUUUGGUUCUGGUCUCUUUCCACCUGCUGUUAAUGCCCAAGGUGGGAAAAAUUUGACUGGAGGGGGGGACAGUGCCAGCAGCAGUCCUUUGCUCUUCGGCUCCCCCCGAAGUGUCGGCAUUUCACCCUUAGUGUCUGGCGGUAUGGUGGACAGUGGAGCAUCGCAUCGUCGCGGAUCAACGCAGAGCGAUACGAGUGCGCUGGUUAGUAGCCUCACGCGAGAUCCAUCGCAAUCGCCCAGUGGCGUCAGUUCCAUCGCCAACACGACCAGGGAUCUGUCGCCUAGUCCGAGUUGCAGCUCGUUGCACAUGAGAUCCGAAGGCAGUACCUCCAGUCCGCCAGAGACGCCUAAGAAGGAGCAAAGUAUAAGUUGUGAUUCUCAAGAUGCUUCGAAAAAGGUUUCCGAAGCUCAAACGCAAACGAGUCCCGAAAGCGCAACAACAGCUAUGAAGGGGCACUUUUCCAUCAACUCUACGAAUGCCAAAGAUGAUCGCCAUGUUUCCAAAACCUAUCGUCGCGAUCACAGCAAAGCCGUGAAAACGAGGGCAAAACGUGCAAUGUCACCCGCAAAUAGUCAGCAAACGCCUAGUCCCAGCAGGACUCUAAAUCUUAAUAAAGAAAAGGUAAAAGAAGCAAUAAGCCCGUCCGUAGCAGAGUGCCUCCGAGCCGUCUUCGCAGCGUUCCUCUGGCACGAGGGCAUCGUUCACGACGCCAUGGCUUGCGCAAGUUUCCUUAAAUUUCACCCUGGACUUCCAAAACAAGGCGCUCUUGUAGUCACUCGACAAACAGCAUUAGCUAAUAACGAAGGUCGCAAGAACAAAAUGACGCGGGAGGAGCGUGCCAGGCAGAGACACUCCGUCGAGGUGACGAACGACGGCAACUAUCUGCAUAUCCAACCCAGCACACUAGAGAGCCUCACGAGGUCGGCGGCCAACGCCAACGCUAACAGAAACAGAAAGAAGCAGGAGCCGACGACGGGUAUCAAGGAGGAAACACCACCAGCUGAAAAUACACUCACAGCGCUACCGGAAUUCACGACGGUGACAGUCUUACCUCCAGCCUUGAAGAGCCUAGUUUUCCUAUGGGAGGAGCUGAGUAUGAACUGCUUGCAAGCGAUAGACCAACAGACAGUUCUACCCAGCCCAAUGGCUCAACCUCCGGUUAUAAAGCUUUCGAAGCGCUCCGCCAACGAUCUGUCUUCAAAGAUACCUACUUCCACACCUGUAAAGGAUAGCAACGGGGUCGUGGUUGAAAAACGCGAAAAGCGUGGAGCAAAGGAUCGCAAGGAGUGGAAACCGAUUACGAAGGUACCAAUCGUCGAUGGUCUAGGCGGUAUCGAGCGCGAGACGACUUGCGAGCUCUGCGGACUCAUGUUUCCGCCACCCGUAACCUAUCAUAUGAAGCUCAUGCACCCGGGAUGUGGAUGGCAUGCCGGGGGUAAUGGGUACAAUAGUGGAGGGAAUUACUGUGUUGGUUGGGCCGGUAAUUGUGGAGAUGGUGGUGGUGGCGGUAGCUCGUGGUAUCUAUUGUGCGACACGUGUCGUGAUAAGUAUUUGAAGGCCAAGAAGAACAAACGUCAGAGACGCAUGGGCGAGACGAACAAGCUCAUGUCGCCGUUAGCAUCGCCUGAAAACGAUGACACGCACAUAAUUGUUAAGAACAAUGCUAUGUUCCUGCUCGAUCUGGCAAGUGCCGCAGGCGUCAACAUUCCAAAGCAACAACGACGACCUUCGCAGACUCUGAGCUCUGUAGCGGAAAAUUACAGUCCUCCAGAAGCGGCUGGGCCGUUUCCUUCGACUGGGCCAUUCCAGUGCCUUCUCGCGCUGGGUGUUCAGAGCUCCCAAAACAAUGAGGAAAAGUUCUACGAGGAAAUACUUAAACGUCAGGGUGGGCAGCAGACAUCGUUCGAUGCUGGCAGCGGCAGUGGGUUGACUGUAAGUAACAGAAGGCCUUUAUCGGAAUGCCCAAUGAGCGAUAGUGACAGCGAUAGUGGAAAGAAUCGAGGAAUGUUUCAUAGAUCGGUUUCAAUGUCAACUGGGGCACCUUGGGCGAAAAACAGCAGUGACGGUCGAGUGGUUAUAAUGCGAAAGAGAAACAAUAGCAGUAGCGAAUUGACUAAUGAUUUUUCAGAUGCUGGUUCAUCAUUGCUCUGCUAUCCAUCGGCGGCGCUUCAAAAGUUAGUCCCGUCGAUGGAUCAAUCGGCAAUAGUAUCGUCAAAUCAAGCGGCAGAAAUCGCCAACAAUGAUCGCAUCGAUCUGCUAAUGAGGCCGGUAAUGCUGUUUGUCCUGCAACAGCACAACCUCCAGCAUUUGCAGUAUGCAAUGAAGCAGGCUUUAAGGCGCGCUGCCUGUCGGGUCUAUGCAAUGCAGGCGCUGAACUGGUUGCUAAGGAGCGUCACUCAACCAAUUUGCCUUCAUGACUUGCUCUGGUGGUUUGUCGCCUCGCUUACACCGAUUGUUUCGGAUUCUAUGGAUAUAAACGAGGAUGAUAAUAGAAAGAGGUGCACAGAAAGGAAAAAAGAUCACGACAUGGUUGGAGUAUGCGAGCACCCUUUGAGCGACUUGGUCAUCGCUGGCGAAGCUGCGAAUCCUCUUCCUACAGCAUUCCAUACUUUAUUGCAAACUAUCGCUGAUUUGAUGCUUCUACCUCCUCCAGGGUCUCCACUACAACGGGCUGCUGUGAGAUGUUGGGCCAUUCAGUUUACUCCUGCUGAUCACAUGUUUUUGCAUCGCAGUCACGUUUUCAGCAAUAUCAGCAAAAUACUUUCACGUUCGGAAGAAGAAGAAGACGCAACAAUGAGCAUGCAUAAGAGCCACCAGUCAAACUUAUCUGGACAAGUACCUAGUUCUGUCGAAUCGCUCAAAGAUUUAACAUCGGGGGUCGAAAUCAAAACGUCAAGCAGACAAGCAAUGAUCAGUAGCCUUACAGACAGCUCAACUGAAACCUUCUGGGAGUCUGGCGACGAAGAUCGAGAUAAAACUAAAACAAUUACAAUAAUAUGCGGUGCUCAUUCGUUUCCCAGGAUGGUUUAUAUUCACGUCGAUAAUUGUCGUGAUUUAACUCACAAAGUAUCUUGCGUUACAUUCCAAUCGGGCAUUGAUACAGAUGAAAUGAUAAAGUUAAAGACAGUUGAAAUAGAAAGUAGAUCGACUGGAUGGGUAAAAUGCCCAAUUAUAAAUCCACGGCAUGUUGUUGUCGGUCUUGAGUUAAAAGGACCUGAUAACUCGUUGAGAGUCAGACAAAUUCGAGUACUUGGAGAAAUUGAAGGAGAAUCGCUUAAAAUUGGAAAACAACUUAAUGCAAUAUCCAUUCAACAAAAGAACUGUGAAUCAGAAACUCUGAAAGUUUUUCGUUCUAUCACAUCACAGGUCUUCGGAAAGUUGAUUCAAGGCGAGCAACCAAAUUCAGGACCAAUUUCAUCCAUAGUUGUAGAACCAAACAAUGAAGAAUUAGAAGAAAGUAAUGAACUUCGGGAACACAUGGUUGGGAUUUUAUUCAGUAGAAGUAAACUGACGAAUCUUCAAAAACAAGUUUGUACCCAUAUUGUUCAAGCUAUUCGAAAAGAAACAGUUCGUCUCCGAGAAGAAUGGGAAACCCUUUUGUGUUCUCCGACACCAGUCAAUAGCUUUAUAAGUGACAACAGUGAUAUGCCAAAAGCAGCUGAUACUUAUUGUUUCGAAAUGCUAUCAAUGGUCUUAGCUUUAAGUGGAAGUUCCGUAGGAAGAAACUACCUCUCUCAUCAGUGCGGACUUUUGAAAGAUCUUCUUAGUCUACUUCACACUGGAUCAGCAAGAGUUCAGAGGCAGGUUACAUCUCUUUUAAGAAGAAUCUUGCCUGAAAUCAAACCAGAGGCGUUGGCUAAUGUUGUUGGCGCAGACCGAUUGCCACCAUCAGACUUUAGUAUUAUAUCAGCAGCGAGUAAUGGGUAUUCGCAAUCAAUGGAAUUCGAUGAGCAUAGUUUGGGCAUUUUAGAUGUUUUCCUAAGUUGUAUAGCCAAGGCUUUAACUGUUCAAGUUAAAGUCAAGGAUAAGGAAAGCAAUGGAAAAGCUUUGCAAUCGAUUUCAUUGGCUACGAGUAUUCAUCCUAAGAGUUUUGUAGGAGUACGAUGGUGGCUAAGAGGCUGCAUUACGAGAAAGUUAGCUGAAGAAAUAAUACAGCUUCUGAAAGACAUGGCUUCUGGAAAAUUGUCUGAUGCUUGGGCAGCUGUGACAAAGGCUGCUAUUGCUGAGAACAUCUUAAAUUUGACCAGGAUGGAUGACAAAAAUAGAGAUCCAACAAAAUGUCUCCGAUCGCCGACUCUUUGGUUGGCUUUGUCUUCCCUUUGCGUUUUAGAUUCUGAUCAUGUUGAAAGGUUAUCUUCUGGUCAAUGGAGCAGUGCCGAUGGUCAACCUCCACCUCCUAGACCUACGUGCAGUAAUCAUGAUGAUGGCGAAACAACGGCGAUAAUUCAGUGCAAUAACUGCGGAAACUUGUGUGCCGAUUGCGAUCGAGUUUUGCAUCUUCAUCGCAGAACGCGAAUGCACGUAAGGCAAGUUUGCAAGGAAGAAGAAGAAGCUAUCCGUGUAGAUCUUCACGAGGGCUGUGGACGUAUGAAGCUUUUCUGGAUCCUUGUAUUAGCAGACAGUCAGACAUUAAAGGCUCUGGUAGAAUUUCGCGAUGGACCUCCACAAAAACCUGUAGGGGCAACGUCUGGUGUCUGCCGCUUUUGCGGAACGACAGGUAAUACUGGCCUUCUGGCGAUCGGCAACAUCUGUUCGGAUCAUGAGUGUCAAGAACAUGCGAAAAACGCCUGCAGUAAGGUACAUUCGUGCGGUCACAUCUGCGGUGGCGUUCGUGAUGAACGUCCAUGCCUACCCUGCCUGCAUCGCUGCAACCCUACCUGCGAUCUAAAGCAAGAUGCCGACGAUAUGUGCAUGAUUUGCUUCACCGAGGCUUUGUCAUGCGCUCCAGCAAUACAACUACAAUGCGGUCACGUCUUCCAUCUACAUUGCUGCAGAACGGUGCUGCUGAAACGAUGGCAUGGGCCAAGAAUUACCUUCAGUUUCUCACUGUGUCCGAUUUGUAAGAUACCUAUGGAAAAUCACAAUCUUGCGGAGCAAUUGGCAAGCGUUAAAGCGCUUUAUGAGGACGUCAAAAGAAAGGCGCUUAUGAGAUUGGAGUACGAAGGCCUACACAAAGCUGAUGCAGUCACGACACCAGGUGGUCGCUACUACCAGGACCCAGCCGCUUAUGCAAUGGACCGCUAUGCCUACUACGUGUGCUACAAGUGUCAGAAGGCCUACUACGGCGGUGAAGCACGCUGCGAUGCUCAGCAAGGCGGCGAAUCAUUUGAUCCGACUGAACUUGUUUGUGGUGGUUGCAGUGAUGUGGCACGUGCCCAGAUGUGUCCUAAACACGGCACUGACUUUCUCGAGUACAAGUGCCGGUUUUGCUGUUCCGUGGCCGUAUUCUUCUGCUUCGGAACCACGCACUUUUGCAAACCCUGUCACGAUGACUUUCAGAGAGUCACCAAUAUACCUAAAAGCGAGCUGCCUUCUUGUCCCGCAGGACCAAAAGCGAAACAAAUGGAAGGAGAUGAAUGCCCACUUCAUGUUAAACAUCCACCGACUGGGGAGGAAUUCGCUCUUGGUUGCGGAAUAUGUCGCAAUGCACAGACCUUUUAAUAUAAAUCAGAAUUUUUAACUAAAGAUUAUCUUUUAAGUCUCUGAACGAAGUUUUCCAGAGCUAAGCCGUGAUUAAACCUGAAAAAUACUACAAUACUGAAUCUAUUGACGUGAUCGAGUGAGAACUUCCUAUUCGUAUUUUUCUUCUAAAGGAUAAUUGCUAAAUACUUCAAUGGCAGCGACUGAAAAUAAUGAUUGGAAUUGAAUGGCGUGGAGAUGCAGAGCACACGACUCGUUAAAACAGAAAAUAUGUGUGAUAAACGUUAAAUAAGUCGUUUAUUGUAAUGUUAGAUAUUAGUAGGAACAAAAGUGCUGAUUAAGGGCGAUCAACGUCCAAAGAAUGAUUUUCAUUUUCCAUAUGAAUAUGUGAAAUGUGCGAUAGCUGCAGAGAUAAUAUCUGCAACUGCGAAAUUCUAAGGCCCAUGCGGUGAUUAUGGCCUUUACGCGCUGUCAUAUAGGAUAAUCAAUUGUCGAGAAGUUAAAUGAAAUGAAUCGCCUUUUUCGAUGAUACAGGGAGAGUAUGAGUUAUGUGUGUGAAAAUAUGUGAGUCGUUAAGAGUCUGGAAGGUUCGCAUUAACUUACAUUAUACAUAUAAAAAAGCAGAACAAAGUGAAAUGUGCGUAUUUGUUAGUAUUUUUAAAUUAUUAUCAUAUUGUAUUAAAAUAAUUUUGUAUUUCAAGUGAACGAUAACUAGUGCCAGCCUUGAUCUCGCUAAACGCAUUUUUCUGUUCGUUCUAUGUUAAUAUAUAAAAUUUUUGUCGUUGCAUUAUUUAUUUGAAUUUAUCUCAGUGUAAAUGUCUUUUUGACUGUAAAGUGAAUGGUGCGAUGAUGCUGUUUACUUUGAUAAUUUGUUACAUAGUUUGUCUUUCAAUUUGUGUAUAUUAAAUGAGAGAAUUGAGGACAA